GAGGGGGCGUUUGUAAUUACACAGGGAGAGAGGACGGGGGCAAAAGAGAGAGAUGUCAGGGAGUUGCAAACAGAACAAGAGACAGAGGCGCAUGGAGAAAAGGAGCACAUGACGAGAGAGGAGACAAAAUAACAAGAAAGGAGAAGGAACAGCAGAGGACUGUAACAACCUGCAUGGUGGUUCAUUGGCAAUUUUUUGUGCCACUGGGUUUCCUGGAUUACUGAGAUUAACUUUCACACACUCUACAGGACUCUGCAUGGGCAGGUAGGGCUGUGUGCAUCCUUUCAUAGCUGGAGACUUAGCACUGUGUCUUGCCAAUAGCUUGUGUGCACGUGUGUAGUGAUUUUUAGACACAUUUAACAGGAUUGGUGUGUUUGUACAUUCAUGCAAGACAUAGUAAGAGCAUGGGAGCCUUUCGCCUCUCUCUUGCUCUCUUCCUCCUCCUCUCCUCUCCUGUACAAGCCCAGUGGUGGAGUUUAAUCUGGAGGAGACCUAAAACUAGGACCUGGCCUUCUCCUCCCUCCAUUCCUGCCUCCGUCACACCCCUGGGCCCUUCUGUCAACCCAGGGAUAACAGAAUGGGACGUAAAGGAGGACGGGGUGACAGAGAAAGCUCUGGAGCAUAGCAUCCAGACAGAGGGGCCAGUGCUGGCCCCUACGCCCAACCCAGGAGUGUCAAUCUUUGGCCACAGCACUGUAGAACCUGGGACCUUACCUCCAGAGGAGAAUGCAGGUGGAGGCAGCAAAGCCAAGCCCCAUUAUAAACCACUGAAACACUGGAAGAGUGAGCGAGUCUCAGGAGGCCAUCUGGACCUGACAGAGUUAAUUGGCGUCCCCCUCCCUCCCUCGGUCUCCUUCAGUCCUGGCUAUGAGGGUUUUCCAGCCUACAACUUUGGCCCUGAAGCCAACAUCGGCCGGCUCACUAAGACUUUCGUGCCUGGGUCAUUCUACAGGGACUUUGCCAUCAUUGUCACGGUGCGGCCAGAAACUCAGAACGGAGGCGUGCUCUUUGCCAUCACAGAUGCCCGUCAGAAGGUAGUGGAGCUGGGUUUGGCCCUCACUCCGGUGCGUGGAGGCCUCCAGAGCAUCUUACUGUACUAUACCGACGGAAAGCAAGCUUCCCACAGCCACAAAGCUGCUGCCUUUAGUGUCCCAGAUAUGACCGCCCAGUGGACACGAUUCACGGUGGUGGUGGAGCAUGAAGAGGUGCGUCUCUACAUGGACUGUGGAGAGGCAGAGAGGACAACUUUCCACCGGAGGGCAGAAAGACUCACUUUCUCACACAAUUCAGGCAUUUUCGUAGCUAAUGCGGGAAGCACAGGGCUGGACAAGUUUGUGGGAUCGAUUCAGCAGCUGGUGAUAAAAGGUGAUCCCAGAGCAGCUGAGGAGCAGUGUGAAGAUGAUGAUCCUUAUGCCUCAGGAUACAGCAGUGGCGACGAUGCUCUGGAUGACAGAGAGAAAGAGGUGGAAACGAAGAACACACAGGAGAGAAAACACGGCACAGCGCAGGAGGAGGCCAGUGUUCCUGUUGGUGCUCCACCCACUGCGGCUCCAGAGGUGGAGAUCGAUGAGUACUCAGGUCACCAGACCCCAACAGAGACCAAUGAAGAAAUGGUGGUCAGAGAUCCACAGCAGACAGAGGAGCCAGGAGAGAGAUCAGGAGAUGGUCAUGUCAGGCAUGGGUUAAAAGGAGAGCGUGGAGAUCCUGGACCCAGAGGACCACCUGGUCCCCCUGGCCCCACCUCUGUACCCGAAAAAGCUCAGCCUGGACCAAGAGGGACACAAGGACCACCAGGAACCCCUGGAUCCCCAGGACUGCCAGGGAGAGAUGGCCAGAAGGGAAACAAAGGUGAUAAAGGAGAUCCAGGUCAGAAAGGAUCUCAAGGAUUUCCAGGUUGGAAUGGAGAAUUUGGAGCUAAAGGAGAGAAGGGAGACAUAGGAGUUGGUUUACCAGGCCCUCCCGGCCUCCCUGGGCCUCCUGGACCCCCCAGAUCACGCAGUGUACCUUAUGGAGCAGAUGCCCUGGGUUCUGGGUUUGAAGACCUGGAUAGCGACACUGAACUCAUCAGGGGUCCUCCCGGUCUACCAGGGCCUCCAGGACCUCCUGGUCCCCCUGGACAUAACAUGUCAUCGUCUGACACAGCCGAUGGCCUACAUCCAGUGCUUGUUGGACCACCCGGUGCUCCUGGCAGAGACGGGCUCCCAGGCAAACCUGGAAUACCUAUGUUUGAGGAUUGGUUUAGUGGUUCUGGGCCUGAUGGUUCAGGUUUGAGUUCAGAGUUGUCCUCUGACCUCGGCUCUGGUUUCAGUUCCGGGGUCCGCUCUGAAUCCAGUUUUGCAUCUGGUUCUGGGCUCGACUUUGGUUCUGCUUGGGGUUCAGGCGAGGGUAUAGCAGGAAAAGAUGGGGAUCCAGGUCUACAAGGAGCUGUGGGAAGGAAGGGUGACCAAGGGUUACCUGGGCCAGCAGGACCAAAGGGUGAAUGUGGGUCUGUGGGUACGGCAGGGCCACCAGGGCCUACUGGUCCACAGGGGAAGACAGGGCCGUCAGGUCCCCCAGGACCCCCUGGCCCCCCCGGACCUCCAGGAACCAAAUUCUUUGUAGAGGACAUGGAGGGAUCUGGGAAGAGUGACUUGCUUAUUGGAGGCGGAGUCAGAGGCCCACAGGGUCCCCCUGGCCUACCUGGCCCAUCCGGACCUAAGGGUGAGGAUGGAGCCACAGGUGCUCCAGGGCUCUCUGUCAAGGGUGAUCCAGGGGACCCAGGACCAGAGGGUCGUCAGGGUCUUGCUGGACUACCAGGCGCUAGGGGGGCCAAAGGAGAAAAAGGAAGUCCAGGACCCAAGGGUGAUCGAGGUGUUGAUGGACGCAGUAUCCCAGGACCACCUGGGCCUCCUGGACCUCCUGGAUCUAUCAGUAGUCUGCAGGAUCUGCUGCUCAACGUUACAAAUGGUAUCUUAAACUUCACAGAGAUCAGAGGACCACCAGGGCCCAUGGGCCCUGAAGGCUUGCCUGGCAGAGCUGGAUUUCCUGGCCCCAGGGGACCAAAGGGAGAUAUAGGCCCUCCAGGUAGCAAGGGGCCAGCAGGGUUCAAGGGAGAGAAGGGAGAGCCGGGGGUGACCAUUGCUGCUGACGGAUCCAUCUUAUCAGCGCCAAGAGGCCCUCAGGGGCCCAAAGGCAACAAGGGUGAACGUGGGUUCCCUGGACCUGCCGGACUUAUGGGCCCAAUAGGGCCAUCUGGACAAAAAGGAGAAUAUGGCUUCCCUGGUCGCUCAGGACGGCCUGGUAUGCCCGGGAAGAAAGGUGACAAAGGAGACUCUGUUGGCCAACCGGGACCUCCAGGUCCUCCAGGUCCACCUGGACUUCCAGGAAGAAUUCUUGGGCUGAACGGAACAGUGUUUCCGGUGCGCCCCAGACCGCACUGCAAAAAGGGACGAGAGUCAGUGACAGGGCGAGAUUCAGUUGGAGUUAAAGGAGACAAAGGAGACGAGGGAAUACCUGGAGAGCCAGGCACACCUGCACCUGGAUUUCCAGAUGGAAUCGUGGGUGCUAGAGGUGAUCAGGGAUACCAAGGGCAGAAGGGAGAGAAGGGUGACUCUGGUCUGCCUGGUCCUCCAGGACUGCCUGGGAGGUCAGGACUCGUGGGUCCAAAAGGUGAGUCCAUUGUGGGUCCCCCAGGACCUGUUGGUCCUGUAGGCCAGCCUGGAGCCCCUGGGAUCGGACGACCUGGUCCCCGUGGGCCUCCUGGCCCUGCUGGAGCCCCAGGACCUGUACCUGCAUAUAAACCGGCUGUCCCCGGCCCUCCUGGUCCUCCCGGCCCACCAGGUUCUCCAGGAUAUGCCAACCCGGUGACCAUCUAUAAGACAAUCAAUGCUCUGAGCAGAGAGACUCAGCGAGCUGCAGAAGGAACCUUUGCCUACGUGUCUGAGAGGGGAGGAGAGCUGUACUUCAGAGUAAACAAUGGCUGGCGCAAAAUCCAGCUUGGAGAGACGAUCCAGGAUGGACCUUCCACCUCUGCAGCGUCUCAGGCCCUCAGCAGACCUGGAGAAUGGAGCAAACCACACAGGAGCCACAGCCAGGAGCUUCAAGAGGGCAGUAGAGGAUAUCAGCCCAGCUAUAACAUACUACCACAGAUCUUCAACGCUGUACCUGGGCUCCAUCUGGUAGCACUGAACACACCGCUGAAAGGGGAUAUGCGUGGCAUCCGCGGGGCAGACUUCCAGUGCUACCAGCAGGCACGCUCAAUGGGGCUGACAGCCACCUACAGGGCCUUCCUGUCCUCACACCUCCAGGACCUGGCGACUAUCGUGAGGAAGGCAGACCGCAUUAACAUGCCUGUGGUUAAUCUCAGGGGUGAAGUGUUGUUCAAUAGUUGGAUGUCCAUCUUCUCUGGGAAUGGAGGCAUAUUUAACCCAUCCACUCCCAUCUACUCCUUUGAUGGACGCAACGUGAUGACUGACCCAGCAUGGCCAGAGAAGUUGGUCUGGCACGGCUCCAGUGCUGUGGGCAUCCGUCUGACCACUAACUACUGCGAGGCGUGGAGGACGGCUGACAUGGCGGUGACGGGCCAGGCUGCGCUGCUGCAGACAGGACGACUGUUAGGACAACACACCCGCUCCUGCUCCAACCACUACAUAGUGCUGUGUAUAGAGAACACAUACGUGGGGAACACACAUCAAAAGAGGACCUGAAGAGACAAGACGGAGGAAGCACACGCUCACACAGACACACAUGCAGGCAUGCUUAACGUGCAGAGUAGAAAAUGUGACAGUGCACAUACAUUGUAAUUUGAAUGGGAAACACAUACAGGCACAUACACACGUUAUGUUGACAUAUCAUUGCGUAAAAAUUACAUUAAAGUACACAGACAACAGGCACUUGUGUGUUCAUACAUACAGAAAAAAUACACGUUAACAUGUAGAAGCAGGCGCCUACACACAAGCAAAGUUUCACUUUGUUUAGUUUCAUCUUUAGUGCCAAAUAUGUAAUCCGACACUUCACACGUCCGUCCCAGUCUAGAUUAAAAGUAUUUAUAUUCACUAUGAACCUGUAACAGCAUAGCAUGUCAUCACACAGGACACUGUGAUACAGUGUGUGUUGCUGAAGUGAAAGAUAUCAGUAGAACUGAAUACCUUAACAGACCAUAACAGUGUUUUAUCUUCUUAACUAAAAAUCCUUUAUACUUUACAUUUUCAAAUGCGUUUUCAUAGGUUUAGAUUUUUUGGAGUAUUUUUCUCAGAGGUUUAUGCAGCCAUUGGUUCCCGUCUAUUUCCCUACAGUAUGAAAAUGAACUACCAGACAACUUAAAUCUUGUUUUAGUUGUGUGGUCCAACACUGUGAACAUCAAUUCUGCGUUAUAAUUCUUUUUCAGUGUCAUGUUUCUAUUAUUUGAUGAUGCGGUUCAGGUGUAGAUUGGUUUUAGAAGUGUGCAUUACCUCACAACACUAGCAUGUUAGGUCGACUUGAUGUUCACCUUGAUGGAUUAAACACCUUAAAUAAAUCUGCCAAAUGAUUUUCAUAUUGCUAAUGGGAUGAAAACUAUUGGCUGUCUAUAACAGUACAUAGGUGCAUUACUGAAUUUUGGGUAAACAUGGUCUAUUUACAGAUUUUAAACCUCAUUUCUAAACAUGAUAGUGUUGUAGUUUAGACUUAAGUCUUGCAUAUCAAAGCUAGUUGUUUUUGAAGACAGGCUAAAAAUACACUGGAGAUAAGGCUGGCAACCUUCUCAAAAAGCCCCGUGGAAAGAACGAAGACAACUAAUGUAUUACACACCCUGUCUGUGGCUCUCAGUCACAAGACCUUCGGUUUCUUAUGAAGAUGUAAAUCUUUAAAAACAGGUCACAAAUAUACUCUUUCUUUUUUGAAAAGGUGCAGUCAUUUCGUAAAACAGCGGGUAACUGAAGUCUUUACCAAAUUUAUUGGGAGACUAUUUUCAGCUGUGGAUUAAUCCACAUUUGGUGCUCUAGUGAGUAUUUUGGGAAGCAGGAAGGUGUGUGGGACUGAGUUAAAAUAAACAUGUGUGUGUUCAUGGUGAUGAAGGAACAUGUCACCCAGUGGAGCAAUGUGGCUUCACCGAUGCGUUUUAAAAGUUGUGAGACGACAAUGGAGCUCUAUGGCAUAUUACGCACACACGCACGCACAGACGGACAGAUCAGUUCAUGGUUGUUUGGUCUGAUUUGUUGACAACAGAUAUUUCUUUUGUCAGACCUUUUAAUUUGAGUCUUACACUCUAAUGUCAAACAUUUCUAAGAUGGAAACAAACUGUAUGUAAAUUACUUCCUCAAAGUCAAUCUAUCACAGCGUCACUUCUGUUUCCAGCAUUAUUUUUUUUUUCAGGCCACUGAAACGCCCCCCUCCAAAAUAAAAAAAAAAAAACUGGCUGGAUUUUUACCAAAAACAUUUUACCACUAAGAUUUGCUCUCUCAUUGUUUAAUCGACAGAUAUGAAACAAAAUGACAUUAGUCGUGCAAGAUAAAUUAAAUGAACCAAGGCGUGUUUAUAAAGAGGCUUCACUUGCUUAGGCUACAAAUGUAAUGUUCAUUUGUAAUUGGAGUGUUGCACUCCCCACUGAAAAGCUGUUGGCUCACUAGCUUUGUUUACAUUGUGUUGCAUUUUGUUUCUCAGUUUAAUGCAUUACUAACUGGCAUCCCAUAAUCCAAUAUUGAAUAUGGAUUGUCUUUACAAAUUUAAGUCCAAAUGAGCAUUUAUUCCCCCUGUUUUCUGUUGAACUUCAGACCUGUUGCUUGCAACAAAGCGAUUUGAACUAGCCUCAACACCAACAUCAGUGCUUUAGUUUAGUUUUAAUCAAUAUGUGAUUUUCAUUAAUUUAUACAGCAGGAUGUAUGUGAAAAUCUAGCAAGUUCAGUUUCAGAAUUUGAUGAAGUUGGAACAUGUAUAUAUAUAUAUGUGUUGUCCAAAUGUUUUUUUGUUUUUUUUUUACUCACUACUUUGUAGAGGUAGAUUUUGUAUGAUGCACACUAAAUGAUUUGCUCUCACCAAGCGUUAAUUGAGAUGUAGUUCCAGUGUUCUGCCUGUAAACACGACAUAGGCCUGGUUGAAAUGUUUUGAUUUUAGUUUUCCUGAUGUGUGAUCAUGAUGUUACUGUUCAAACAAAACCUGAGCUUCUGAAAAAAAACAAAAAAAACAAACUGUACUGACUGACGCUCACUGAAUAAAUGUCUUAUUUUGUGUUUUUUUUUAA